AUGGGCGCAACGUCCCCAGGCGCGCCCCCCGCGGCGGCCACGGGGCGCGCGGUGCUGAGCGAGCGCGUGGUGGGACACCGCAUGGCGCUGCAGCGCAACGAGAACAUCCGCUGCCUCGCCGCGCUCGCCCUCCCCGCACCCCUCCCCGCGCCCGCACCUGCAGCAGCAGAGCCUGCGUCCGCAUCUGCGCACGCAGGUACCAGCAGCGCUGCUCCUGCAGCAGCAGCAGCAGCAGCAGCAGCAGCAGCAGCAGGUGCUGUGUCUGCUGCUUCUGCUGGUGGCAACAGCGCGUCAGCAUGGGGCUGGUUGACUGCAGGUCGGAUGGCUUCUGCUUCUGCUUCUACCGCGUCUGCUGCUGCGGCUGGGGAUAGCCCGUCUGCUGCUGGCAGCCAUGUUGGUAGUGUGGGUGGUGCUGGUUCUACCGGUAUGGGGGGAGCAGGGGGGAAUGAGGCCAGGGGCCCCGAGUUGACUAUGCGUGGGGUGUGCGUGGUGGGGAGGAGGGCAGUGGAGCGAGUGGAGGUGUUACAUACGGUGAUGGGGGGGCUGCUCGCUGUGCUCUGUGAUGGGGGCGUGCGUCUCCUCCACCCUCUCUCCCUCUCCCUCGGCCCACCUGUAGGCCCUGCCUCUGGCACCCUCCUCCUUGCCUCGCACCCUCUAUCAUCCCCCGCUCCCUUUCCACUCUCCUCCUCUAAUCCCUCCUCUUCAAACCUCUCCGCCCCCACCUCCGCCUCCUCAUUUCAAGCCUCCCCACCCCCCUCCGCGCCUCUCCUCCUGGUCCUCCGCAGGAAGCUCCUCAUCUUCACCAUCUCCUCCUCCGCACCCUUCUCCCCCACGCCUCUCUGGGACGCGCUCUCCAUCCGCCUGCAAGGGGAGAUGCUUAUAAAGGGUAUAGGCGAGCGAGAGGUCCCUCUAGCAGCAGCAUACCUGGGGUCGUCAGUGAUCCUAGGCACGUCGCUGCAGUACCUGCACGUGUCCAUCCCUUCAGGCGACCCCUUGCAGCUCUUUCCCCUGCCUCCCUCCUCUCCCAAUCCCCCUCUCAUCGCCGCUGUUUCGCUCGCCUGCAACGCGCCUGGGGUGUCCUCUCCGCGCGAGAGAAAGGUUGCUCCUGAUGAGGGGGGGAUAGCGUCAAGAGCGCAUACGGAGACAGGUGGAGGUGAGGGUGAGGGUGGGGUUGAGGUUACAGCAGCAGCAAGAGCAGCAGCAGGAAUGGAGGCGGUAGCAGGAGCAGUGAGAGGUCUGGCGGUAGCAGAGGAGGGCGGUUGGGGAAAGCAGCAGGGGGGGCUGCAAAGAAUGAGCGCGAGUGUGGCUGGCACAUCAGAUGCAGCACCGGCCAGUGCAAGAGCGCACACACAGGACACAGCACACACAUCACCAGCAGCAGCAGCAGCAGCAGCAGCAGCAGCAGCAGCAGCAGCAGCAGCAGCAGCAGCAGCAGCAGCAGCAGCAGCAGCAGCAGCAGCAGCAGCAGCAGCAGGGGAGACGGCAGUAAGAGCAGCAGCAGGAGGGAGCAGUGGUUCUGACAUGGGUGCAGCAGAGGGCCGACCAAGCAUACAGAGCCAGGAAUCAGCAGCAGUACUAGCCAUGGACGAUAUAGGAGUGGUCAUAGACACCACAGGCCAGCCCAGAGGCAACCCCCUCAUCUUCCCCUCCCCUCCCAUCGCCCUCACCUUCGCCCCUCCCCACGUCGCCACUGCUCUCCACCACUCCCUACACCUCUUCGACCCGGCCACAGGCACGCUCCUGCAGACGCUCCCGGUGCCGGGAGGGGCGGGGACAGCUGGCAGGAGCCCAUUGGUGGCGCUGGCGGCGGAGAGGGGAGGAGGAGGAGGGGCGGUGGUGGCGGCGAGUGGGAGUGAGGUGUGGUGGGUGCCGCGGCUGUCUCUGGUGCAGCAAGCGAGGGAGCUGAUGAGAGAGAAGCGGUAUGGGGAGGCACUGGAGGUGGCUAGGGGGGUGGAUGUGGGCGAGGAGAUGGAGGGGGAGGCAUGGGGGGAGGUUAGGCCAGGGGAUGGUGCUGAGCCGAGCACAGGGAAAACAGAUGCUGCUGUUGGUGGUGACGGUGGUGGUGCUUCUGCUUCUGCUGCUGCUGCUGUUGCUGCUGCUGCUGCUAAAGGGGUAGUUUCUCCCAUGGCAUCUGCGCUAGCUCCAGGGACACCUGGGAGUAAGAGUGUGACGAUACAGGGGGCGUGGAGGAGGAGAGUGGCGGAAGCGCAUGCGCAGGUGGGGCUGUUGCUGCUGUGGGAUGGGGACUUCAAAGCAGCCGUGCCGCACCUCCUAGCAGCACGAGGAGGGGUCUUCCAGCCUGCUGAGAUCUUUGCGCUCUUCCCCCACUUGACUGCCAGGUGGCGAUCGCUGAUCCCUCGAGCUCGCUUCUGGGGUCUGCACGCGCCUCUCUCUGCCCUGCACGACCGCCUGCUCUGCUGCUGCUUCCCUGCACCGUCUGCCGCUCCGCACCACCGCCCCCACCAUCACCCCAGCUCCUCUUUAACUCCAUCUGCGUCCCUUCCUGCAGCAGUAGCAUCACCAGCAGCAGCAGCAACAGCAGCUGCAGCAGCAUCAGGGAGGGAGGCGUUUACAGGAGCCAGGCCAGGCUCGUCUGGGGGAGGUGCAAGUGCAUCUGUAGGGUCCGGUGCAGUGGGGAGCGAUAGAGGGAGUGGGAUGGAGGCGGGGGAGCAGCGGGUGCAGCAGCAGCGGCGGCAGGAGGACAUUCGGCGGCAGUGCCAAGAAGGUGUGGUGAGCUAUCUGCUGGCAGUGCGGCAGCAGUGGCGGCACUACUGUGUGUCGGAGCAGGAGCAGCAGGGGGUGGACUCGCUGCUGCUGCACCUGCUGCUCGCGCUGCACGACGCCCCCCGCCUGCUCAUACUCUGCCUGCCCGCCGCACGCAACCGCUGCUACCUCCCGGAAGUGGAGGGAGCGCUCCUGCGUGCACACCUCUUCCCGCCCCUUGCCUACCUGCGCUGGCAGCGGGGAGAUGCCGACGGCGCCCUGGCGCUCUGGCGGGGUCUCGCACUAGGGGAGCUGCGGGGGGAAGCGGGGGAGGAAGCUGGGGGGGGAAGCGGGGGGGCUUUGGGGAGGGGAGUAAAAGGGGGGUUGGGGAGAAUGCAGCGGCAGGCGGUAGAGGAGGCUGUGGCGAUUCUGGGUGUGGUGGAGGACCCUCACCUCGUGCUGCGCCACCUGCCGUGGGUAUCUCCCCUGCUACAUGCUGGCUCGCCAUGGUUUCUGGAAAUUCAACGACAUCUGCCAUUUCCUGUGAUAUCCGGCAUGUGCUCUCUCAUCCCUCCCAUGCUCUCUCAUCCCUCCCAUGCGGCACCGCAUGCUGCCACCACCAUCAUCGCACAUGCAUCAUCAUAUCAGGUGUUGCAGCUCGGUCCAUCCAAAGCUCUCUCCGUCCUCACUGCUUCUCGCCCCCCCUCGGCUGCCCUGCCAGUUGACGAGGCAUUGGAAACCAUAUCAGCUGCGGGUCUGGAUCGACUCGUCAAGUGGAGGUACCUGCAGUGGCUGGUGGAAGAGCAGGCCAGUCACAGCAAGCAUCACCACACACUCUAUGCACUCGCUCUUGUUGAUACCGCUGCUGCUGCUGCCACUGCUGCCACCGCCGCUGUUGCUACUGCUGCCGCUAGUGCGGCUGCAGGAACCAAGAGCAUUAGAGCACUGACGGAAAGCGGUCCCAGGGAGAGUUCAGCUGCAAGCGGGAAGGAGGAAAAGAAGGGGUACUUAGACGCAUGGGAGGUCAGGAUGAGGGGAGCAGGAGCUACAGAAGCAGCGCCGCCAGCAGAUGAGAGGGUCAGGGCGAACGAGGAAGAAAACCACAGUGAGGGCGAUGAGGGAGAGGAAGCAUGGGGGCUUGAGGGGGCGUCAGAUCAGGCAUCGCUGGCAGGGCUGUGGCAGCGGGUGCGGGGAGUGCUGGGGACGUUCCUGGAGUCAUCAGAGCUGUAUGAUGGCAGUGCUGUGUGGCGGAGAAUACAGGGCGAGCGCGCACUGCUGAGGGAACAGGUGGUUGUGUUGAGGCGACUGGGUGACCACACAGCCGCCCUGCGCAUCCUUGCUCUAGAGUUGAAGGACAGUGAGGCGGCAGAGGCGUACUGUCUACACCUCAACGACCCCCACGCUUUCGACCAUCUACUGCACCUGUACCUGCACCCGGGCGGCAGCAUGCGCCCCAUGUUUGACGCCGCAGUGCGCCUGCUGCACUGCACGCGCGCUCACGUGGACCCCAACAGCAUACUCCAGGCGCUACCAAGUGACAUGACGGUGCAGGAGGCGGGGAGCAUUUUGGCGCGGCUCAUGCGCGAGAGAGUGCACAGAUUGCGACAGGGGCAGGUGGUGCACCAUCUGCUCAAGGCUCAGAACCGCACCUUACUCGAACGCCGCAUGGAGCUGCUCUCCCGCUCCGUGCUGCUGCCACUGCCGCCACACGCCAUCAUGCCACCCUCCUCCUCCUCCGUGCUAUCAUCGGCGUCAUCGGUGCAUGGGGGGCAUGCGGGCACGAGUGUAUCGGCCACGCGCUGCUCAGCGUGCCACAACCGCCUGUGCAUCGACGAGCCCUUUGCUGCCAUGCCCUCUGGCGCCCUGCUCUGCCACCAGUGUUACACCCACACCACCUCAGCUCCUAAUGAAGGAUGA